AUGGAGCAAAAGCCAAAACGAAAGUAGAUAUUAGUGAAGGGAAGAAAACUUUACCUUAAAACGUUUUAUUGACAACCUAUAAUAAGCUAAUGUAGAACAUUUAUGGUGUAUACUUGUGUUCAAUACAUGACAAGGAAUAGAAGAUGUCUUGUGAGCUAGCAGUUGUCAGUCCCUAAAUACAGAUUAAUAUCAAACAUGCUAAAGAAAUUUUUUCAUAAAAAGGGAUUGCCUACUUCAAGUUGGGAAUGUUAUAGGUGUGAGCGGAGGAUAGAAGCAGGGGAGAAAUGUGAGACCUGUAACAGGAGGUUUAAUAAAGACAAAGAUAAGGUAGUGGAGGACAGUUCAGAGAUCAAAAAGGAAUACAAACCCAUUAUUAAUAAGUAUGACAAAAAGAAAGAAGAGGAAGAUAUUGGAACUGGAAUAAAAUCAAUCAUAAAUAGACAAUCUGACUCAGCAGAAGCUGUAGUUAGGGAGUCUGUACAAACAAGUUCUUCUGCUGUUGAUCACUUUAAUGGAGCAAAUUCUGACUCCCAGGAUCUGGGCAGUGACAAACAAAAGUCAAGUGGUGGAUGGACCUGUAAGAUCUGCCACAAAGGUGGAAACUUAAAGUUAGACUGCCAAAUGUGCAAACAAAGAAAGAAAGAAUCUAUUGAUGAAGGGGACAUUAAAAACAGAAAGAAAAGGAAACAGUUAAAUAGAAGCAGGCUGAAGGCAGGACGCAGCAUUCGUGUGGAUAAGGAGAGAGAUAGACAGAAACAAAUUGCUCAACAAAUCUUUAUAAAUAUUACAGAUUAUUGCAGAAAUAACAAAACAAGGUAUAAAGAUGAGAGUUUUCCAGAUCCUAGUGUUCCAAACAGAGAUGGAGAGCACUGGGAGAGAAUAGGGAACAUUAAAGACAAAAGUUGUAAAGGGAGAGAACCCUGGACUGUGUUCAGGAACCCCAGCCCUGAUGAUGCCAUACAGGGAUCAGCAGAAAACUGCUGGUUCUUGUGUUCAGUCAGUUUGCUGGCCCAGAGGGAGGAGCUUCUGAGAGAAAUUCUGAUCACAGAGAGCUACUGUGCAGAAGGCUUAUACCAGGUCCGACUCUGCAAGGACGGCAACUGGAAAACAGUCAUUGUGGACGACCGAUUCCCCUGUGAUAAACAUGGAAAUCUCAAAUAUGCAAGACCUCAUAAUAAACAAUUGUGGGUGAUGCUGCUGGAAAAGGCGGCAGCCAAGCUUCACGGAGGAUACAGGGCUUUAUAUUCUGGUCUGGUAGUGGAGUCACUGGCCCUGUUGACUGGGGAACCUUGUAAACACAUUGACCUUGGAGGAGAGGAUAUUCAGAAAAAAGAUGACAAGAAACUGAAGAUAGAUCCAGAUAAGCUUUGGGAGGAUCUAAAGAACUGGAGAGCAUCAAGGUACUUACUUGGAGUCAGCACCUUCCCAAAACUUGCUCAUGAGGAACUUGUAGAAGCCCACUGUUAUCCUAUCUUGGACAUAGAAGAGACAGCAGAUGGCAAAAGACUGAUGAAGCUGUGGACCUCCCCUGACCAUCAUCACUGUAUCACAGGUUGUCUACGGAACUCUUCUUUACAGAAAGAUAAAAAGAAGCUCCUCCGCAAUCUCAAGAAAGGAGAAUUCUGGAUUUUAUUUGAAGAAGAAUUUAUGAAUUCCAGGUGCUUUAAUUCCCUGUCUGUGUGUAAGACAGAGGCUGGGUGGUUCGAGUCCAGAUUUAAGGGCGUGUUCCUCCCAGAACUCAGUGAUGACUGGAAGUAUUACAGCUUCAGACUGACCAUGGAUACCAAACUAAAGCUCUCUCUCUUCCAGAAAAGCAUGAGAGGAUCUGGGAUACAGGUAGAAGAGUUUGUAGAUUUGCUGAUCAUGGUACUACAGAACCAUGUGGAUGGAUCAGGACUUCCCUUUAAACAGGCCCCACUAUUUAGUCGCGUGAUGGAAUACAGUGAGAGGCGAGCUCGCGGUCUCACCACGUGUGAGGUGGAUCUAGCCCCAGGAAGCUAUACUGUCGCAUGCUUUUCUUUUGGAAAAUUAAGACAAGGUGGUGAUGAGUACACUGAUGGCGACUAUGUUAACUACACACUGAGCAUACACAGCUCUGUCCAGCUAUUAUUUAUGGAUGAAUGUGAAGUCAAUCCUAAAAGUUUUCCUGAGCUCAGAUAUGCCCCUGCUGAUGCUUUUAUUACUCUAGCCAAACAGUGCAGGGUCGAAGAAAAAUAUGACACAGAGAAAUUACAAAGUGAUGUUCGACUAAGUACGGUUGAGGAUGGUGUCUAUUGCGUGAUGUUCAUGUUUUAUGGAGAAAUAUGUGUGUUUAUUAAUGAGACUCGUGGAGGGUAUGGUUAUACGAGGUAUUAUGGUCAAAGUGCAUACCUUGUGUCCUUGAGACAAAAAAUGAAAACAGCAGAUUUCAUUCCAGCAAACUCGGGACGAGUUAUAAAUAUAGUAACCCCUAUGGACCCACUGACAGAUUGGGUUGUAGCUGCUCAAAAGAAUGGACGCCCAGUGACAGAGGAAUUCAUAAGCGAUCCUUCAAUCCCCAAAACCCUGGAGGGUCUCCUCAAAGCAAGGCCUUUCCCCGAGAUCACAAAGCAUUAAAAUGCUGUAAACCAACUUUUAUUCCUGUGCAAGAAAUUUUUGCGUGGUUCACGAGACCCUCGUCAUUGCGAAUAUUUCUUGCCAUGAACCGGUUCCUAGAGUCUCUUUCUCUAUCGACAAUGGAUCCAACAAAAGGCUUUAUUCUGAAAAUUAAUUGUCGCAAACAAGUUUACCCCCCGAAAAUCACAAAAUAAAGUUAUCACAAUUAAAAGUCGGUUUACAGUACUUUGAUUUAGUCAUAUGAGCCAUUUCUGUGUAACUUUGAGUGUGGUGCAUUUGUAUAACUCACUGGGUAUAUUUUCUCUCUUAUUUGCUCACUCUCAUUCACAUUUGACUCAAAGAGUGUCAUUAUGAUAAUGGGUAGAGAUGUCUGAACAAAGUUAAAUACAUUUCAAUUUUGUACAUUUUAAAGAGAACUUUUUGGUAGAUGUACCCGCUACAUGUAUUAGAUUUAGAUGAAUUACUUGACUUGUUACUUUAGUUGUUACUUUCAACUAAAACCAGGAGUAAAUAUCCCUCUAAAGGGCAUUAUGUCAGGUCUUUCUGGACUACUUGAUUGUAUUUGAAAUUCCUCUUUUGCCCAGUUCAUACCUCACAUUUAAGUAAUAUGUUUUGAGCUGAAAGAUGAAAGUUAUUAAGUUAAGUCAUAAGAUUCUAAAUCGAAUGACAAUAUAUAAGUGUAUGUUAGUUCCUAGUUUUACCCACAUUUUCUUUUCUCUUGACCUAAUCUUCAGUGCACACCAGAUUUAUGAGUAGUAAAGAUGACACAUCAUAAUCUGAUUUUGAGCAAUUCUUAUUGUGUAGAUUCCUUAUAUAAUAUUCUUUCAUAUUUUUAAUACAAGUACAUUGAUAUAAAGUUCUCCAGAAAGUUGUGCAGGAACUAGAAAAUACAGUAAAACCUGCUUAUAAUGAGAUUUUAUGGAUGGACAUCUUGCUUCAUCAUGAAUAUAAUUUGCUAUUUCAGUCAGCUUCACAAUAAAUUAAAAAAAAUAUAUAUGAAAUCAUGUCAUUGUAAGCAUCAAUUGUAGGAGUGUUUGCUAUAAGCAUGUUUUACUCAGUAACUGUAUUUGACCUUAAAGGUCAAGGUUAGAUUAGUUCAUCCACCUCCACCUUUGUAUAGUGAAUCUAGUCAGUAGCAUUGCUGUACGAAGUCUCUGAAAUAUUUCACCAUUGAGAAAUUAAAGAUAAAAAAAAAUGAUCUAUGCAAUUUAUGAAAUUAAAAUUUUAUUUUAGUAGGCCCAUAUUUAAUUUUUUAUGCAGUGUGCCUUUAGUAUUGUGUAUAAAUAUUUGUGUAUAUGUUCCGACAGCAACACUAUACAUGGAGUUUGUAUUAUUAAAUCAGAAGAAAUGUUAUGAAGUGACUUUUAUAACAAGUGUAAGAUGAUUUCAAUGGGUUUUUUUUCCAACCCAUUUUUCUGUAUCUUUGAACAAUAUUAAACUAGCAUUUGAACCAUUCCUGUGCCUUUCUUUAUGUAGUUUAAGGUUGUACAUGUAUAUGCUUUCCAGUGUUUCUGUGAUAUUUUUAGAUGCAUUUUUAUAUUUACACCUGUUGAGAAAGAUAUUUUAAUGGAAUUUUAAAGGUAUAAAUUAAAAUGUGUAUGUUUAUUGUGAAUUCUUUUUGUUGGCAUUUUUUGAUAUUUAUUAUUUAUGUAAUAUGGUAAAAUUAACAAUGUAUUUCACACUAUUAUACUUAAAACAAUGGUUGACUGUAUGAAAAUGUAAUUACUGUGCUUGAUGAAAAAAAUUUGAUUUCUGUAGCACCAAAGGUGGAAGGAACAGCAUUACAGUGUAAUUCUAGUUGAUUGGUGUAAAAUAAAAAGCAGUUCAAUGUUGAUGAAUUUAAUCAUUUUAGAUUUGUCCAUUUUCAUACUGAACAUUAACCUCAUACUUAGUAACAUAUAGCCACAUCAAGUAAAUAAAUGAUUGUUAUUUCACAGACUUUAUUUCAUUUUUAGUUCAAUUAAAUUCCAAAAUAAU